CGCGGAAGUUCUGUGUUAGUUGACGAUGACGUUUCCCUGAGACAAAAAUGUGCCUUGCUUCAGCUAACGGGAUGAAUUAACUAGUGUGCUACCGAAGAGAUUCAUUGAAAACUGCAGCAAACACGUAAGGGAAAUAAUUGAGUGACAGAGGCAGGAUGUUGGAGUCCUAUGUCACGCCCCUGUUGAUGACCUACGUGAACAAAUACAUCAAGAACCUGAAGCCCUCUGACCUGCAGCUGUCGCUAUGGGGAGGAGACGUAGUACUGAGCAAGCUGGAGCUGAAGCUGGAUGUCCUGGAGCAGGAGCUGAAACUGCCCUUUACCUUCCUGAGCGGUCACAUCCAUGAGUUGCGUAUCCACGUCCCCUGGACCAAACUGGGCUCCGAGGCCGUGGUCAUCACCAUUAACACCAUGGAGUGUAUCCUCAAACUGAAGGACGGAGCACAGGACGACCAUGAGAGUGGUUCUAGCUCCACCAGUCGCAGCGCCUCAGAGAGCUCCAAGACCCUUCCCAAGCCCCGUCGCCUCCAGCAGGCCGCCCCCUCCGACCCAGACCUGCCCCCAGGCUACGUCCAGAGUCUGAUCCGUCGGGUGGUGAACAACGUCAACAUUGUGGUCAACAACCUGAUCUUGAAGUACGUUGAGGACGACAUCGUCCUGUCGGUCAACAUCACCUCUGCUGAGAGUUACACCGUCCACGAGUUCUGGGACCGAGCCUUCAUGGACAUCACAGCUCCUGACCUGGUGCUUCGUAAAGUGAUCAACUUCAGUGACUGUACGGUGUGUCUGGAUAAGAGGAACGGCAGUGGAAAGAUCCAGUUCUACCAGGAUCCUCUCCUCUACAAGUGUUCCUUCAGGACCCGACUCCACUUUACCUACCAUAACAUCAACUCUAAGAUCCCUGCUGUCAUCAAGAUCCAGACGAUGGUGGAGUCCCUGAAGCUGUCCAUCACAGACCAGCAGCUGCCCAUGUUCAUCAGGAUCAUGGAGCUGGUCCUCAGCCUCUACUACGGAGAGAUAGGAGGAGGGAAGGACGGAGAGGCGGAGGAGGGGAGCGGACAUGGAGAGGUCAUCACUACACCAGGUUACUCCUCUCCCCAGCCCCUAGCAGAGUGGUACAACCUACAGCCCCAGCUCCUCUCCCAGCCCCUAGCAGAGUGGUUACACCUACAGCUCUCUCCCCAGCCCCUAGCAGAGUGGUACACUACAGCCCCAGCCCCCAGCUCCUCUCCCCAGCCCCUAGCAGAGUGGUUCACCUACAGCUCCUCUCCCCCAGCCCCUAGCAGAGUGCCCCUAGCAGAGUGGUACACCUACACCUCCUCUCCCCAGCCCCUAGCAGAGUGGUACACCUACAGCUCCUCUCCCACAGCCCCUAGCAGAAGUGCCCCUAGCAGAGUGGUUCACCUACAGCCCCCAGCUCCUCUCCCCCAGCCCCUGGCAGAGUGGUACACCUCAGCUCCUCUCCCCCAGCCCCUAGCAGAGUGCUCCUCUCCCCAGCCCCUGGCAGAGUGGUUCACCUACAAGCUCCUCUCCCCAAGCCCCUGGCAGAGUGGUUCACCCUACAGCUCCUCUCCCCAGCCCAUAGCAGAGUGGUACACCUACAGCCCCAGCUCCUCUCCCCUGCCCCUGGCAGAGUGGGAUGAAUUCUGUCUGUCUCCGCCCCCCCAGGUGCAGCGUGGGGAGCAGCAGUGUAGUUCCUCGGCGGGGCCUUGCGGUGUGGACUCGUCGUCCAGUCGCAGCGGCGUCCAGGACAGUGGGUUCGGCAGCGACAGCGCCAGGAUCCGUAUCGUCCAGAUGGAGCAGCACCUCAUCGCUAGACCCUCCAGGAAGUCCACCGUCAUCAAGAACCUCUCCUUCGUCCCCUUCGACGUCUUCCUGACCGCGAGUAAACUCUCUCUCAUGACCUACGCCUGUUCCACUCUAGCCAAGACCCCCCCCGCCUCGCCAGAGAAGAAGGAUGGAGACGGGCCGACAGGGAAGAGUGUCCUGAACCAGCCAGACACCAUCCCUACCUCCUCCUCCUCCCCCAACCCUCCUACCCUGGUCCCUCUGUCAGGCCUGACAGCAGAGGACCUCCUGAACAGUAACACUGUUCCCCAGGAGCCCCGCGGUUCCCUCCUCUCCCUGGACUCCCUGCCCGCCCCCAGCCGCUCCUCGGCCCGCCAGGCCCUGGGGGUCACCAUCGUGAGGCAGCCUGGGAGGAGAGGGGCUGGAGACCGGGUCCUGGAGCCUCUACUGUACCUCCAGGUGGUCCAGCCGUCGGCCCUGCUCAGCUGUCACCACCGUAAACAGAGGAUGGACGUGUCUGUGUUCGAUGUGUCUCUGAGGGGAGUCUCCUCUGACUAUAAGUGUCUGGGUGAAUCCAGGAAGUCUCUCCCAGAGGUAUUAGACUACAGUGUGUUGUGGGUCCAGACAGUAUCAGGAGAGUCUGACAGUCAGACAGGUGUUCCCCCUCCUCUGGCCUGUCUGCAGAUCAGAGACUUCCUCAGUGGACCAGCGGAGCUGAACGUGGAGCUGUCCCGGCCCCUGAAGGUGAACCCUACGCUGGUGAAACUGGAGCAGACCAAGGCCUACCUGAGGAGGGUCCUACCUCAUCACUACUGGGAGGCUCCCAAACCCCCCUCCACCCCUCAUUCCUCCCCCAGUAGGACCUCGUCCUCCUCUCCCCAUCGUCCCGACCCCUCCCACCUCAGCUCCCUAAGAUCCCUGGCACCCUUCCACAAGGUGUCCCUCCGCACCGCCCAGAUCGUGGUUGUCAUGGAGACCGAGUCGCACCCUGCCCGGCCCAGCCUGACCUGGUCAGUGUCGGCUAUGAAGGGUACCAUGAACAUGAAGACUGGGCCCAAGUUAGACGACCCGGUCCAGUCAGUCUCAGUGCUGUUGGAGCUGCAGGAUAUCCUGUUGAGGACUGGUCUGAAGGAUCGGAGCCGUCUGCUGCUGGGGCCUUUCUCCUGUAGCGCCGCCCUAGAGGCCAGGUGGUGUAGGCACAGCAGCAGUCCUGAACCUGAGACUGGGACCCCUAAACUACUGCUGGACCUGAAGGGAGGCCUACUGCAGGUGUUCUGGGGCCAGGAGCAUGUAAAUUGUUUGCGGCUGGUAUAUGAACACCUGCAGGCCUACCUCCAGAGGAACCAGGGAUCUGGGUCUGGGUCUGGGACUGGGACUGGGUCUGAAGAGGAAAAGCCCCCCUUUGACACCCAGUCACCCCCCUCCCCUGAAUCCCCCUCCCCCAGGACAGAACACAGCUCUGAUGACCUCCGCACCGGGCUGUUCCAGUACAUACAGAACUCAGCCUAUCAGAAACUACCUGGUCCAUAUGAGGUUGUGUUCUAUAACGAAACAGACGACAGUCCCGGCGUCAUGCUGUGGCGUUACCCAGAAUCCCGUGUGUUGACCUUCGUACGCAUCACUCCAGUCCCCUUCAACACCACCGAGGACCCCGAGAUCAGCACCGCAGACCUGGGAGACAGACUGAAGGUGCCGUGCAGCCUGGAGUAUUGGGACGAGCUCCAGCACGCCUUCGUCCCCUACCGAGAGUUCAGCCUAUCAGAGAGUAGCGCCUGCGAGCUGACCCUGCCCAGCCUGACACUGACCAAUGAGCAGAAGGAUCUGGUGACCUCUGACCUGUGGAGGAUCGUCCUCAACAACAACCCAGACGGAGGAGACGAACAGAGUUCUGACAGUGAGUCAGGUUCUCAGCAGGGUUCCUCGGGGUCCCAGCUUCUGCCCUGUGACCAGCUGGUGUCCCCCACGGCGCUGGCAGCUUGUACCCGUGUCGACUCCUGCUUCGCCCCCUGGUCCGUGCCCUCCCUGGGCGUGUCUCUCACCCUGGCACAGAUACAGCUGCACCUCUACCACCACCUGGAGCAGCUGGGCACAGCGCCGUCACGUCGACUCCGCCCCUUCCUGCCGGACAGGAAGUUGCCCCAGGAGCAAGAGUACCUGGUCAUCGGGGCACAGGAGCCGCGGCUGUUCCUCCGCCAGUGGAGUGGUGGCGGCGGUAACGUCAGCGCCGCCCGGCUCUGCCAGGAGAUCCAGUUCUCCACCGAGCUGGACUGCAGACUGUUGGAGUACCGGAACUUGACUUGGCUCUGCCUGCUGCAGCCGUUCAUACUGCAGGGUCAGGCUGCGGUCACACGCUGCUCCAACAACGUCCUCCUGGACGGGAACGUCUUCGUAGACCCGGUCUUCAUCAACAUCAGCCAGAACACCGUACACAGUCUGGAUACAGCCCUACGGGGCUGGCAACAGACCGGGGAUGAAGGUGCAGAGGAGUUGUUGAUCAGUCACCAUGUGCUCUGUAACGACACCCAGGAGACCCUGAGGUUUGGCCAGGUGGACACCGAUGAGAACGUCCUGCUGCCCUCCUUACACAGCCACCAGUACAGCUGGAGGAGCCACAAGUCACCACAGCUCCUUCACAUCUGCAUAGAGGGCUGGGGUAACUGGCGUUGGUCUGAGGCCUUCAGUGUGGACAACGUGGGGACUCUGUUGAGGACUAUUCAAUAUAAAGGACGCACUGCCUCGCUCAUCAUCAAGGUGUUGCAGCUCAACGGUGUCCAGAAACAGGUAAUCAUCUGUGGUCGCCAGGUGAUGUGUAGUUACCUGUCUCAGGACAUUGAUCUGCGGGUGGUGCAGCACUAUGUGAAUCCAGAAGGCCAGACGGUGGUUAAGGAACAUGUUGACUGUCUGGAGGCUGGGAGGAAGCUGCCCUCCUACGUGCUGGAGGACUCAGAGCUGACAGAGCUGUGUGUCAGAGCCAGAGGAGAUGAGGACUGGUCUCGGGAUGUCAGACUGGAGAGGAAGGAGAAGGAGAGGGGGAGUAGCUCUGUGGUACAGGUGCCUUGUUCCAGCGGCUCGUUGCUCUACGUGUGGUGCACCCUGAUCACCAUGGAAACGGACUCCCACAUGCAGCAGAGAGUGGUUGUAUUUAGUCCUCUGUUCAUGAUGCGUAGCCACCUUCCAGACCCUGUCAUCAUCCACACAGAGAGGAGUCUGGGGCUGAGAGAGAGUCAGCUGAUCCAGGGACAGGGUCACCAGGAACAACUACUGAACACGGAGAAUGACCUGACACACCACCUCACCUUCCAGGCCAGUGAGGACGAGGAUGCGUCUCACUGUGCGGUACCCAUCUCCACCAGUGUGAUCAACCAGAUAGUGAACAGGAACCAGGCUGGGUUGGAGGACAGCCAGGACCACAUACUGGCAGACUUCUACGGUCUGAAGAACAACAGCCAGCCUCCUUGGCCCUACGUCAGCAAGGACACAGACAGGCCUGGAUCAGAAGUCCUAGCUCAGUGGACAAGCCCCAUGCAGGUGAAGUUGUCAGCCUGGAGGUCUGGUCUCAACACUCUUCUAGUAGAGCUCAUUCCCUGGGCCCUGUUGACCAACCACUCUACAUGGGACCUCUGGCUGUUUGAAGGGACCAUCGUCCUGCAGAUACCCACUGGAAAGACCCUCGUUCCUCCUAACUUCAAGGAGGCGUUUCAGCUGGGUAUCUACUGGUCCGACACUAACACGGUCCAUAAGUCUACAGCCCUGAAGCUGGUCCAUGACCUGACAUCUCCGCGCUGGAAGGAGGGUGUCAGUCCUGAGGUCCUCACCCUGGACGAGGAGGGCUAUGUGGAGGCAGAGAUCCCCCUGGGGAGGAAUCCUGGGAGACAGAAGGUUUGUCAGUUCUGCGUGUCGUCUGUGGUGAGACACGGCAUCCAGAUUAUCCAGAUAGAAGACAGGACCAUCCUGGUUAACAACACCCCCUACUUCCUGUCAUAUAGAGCCCUACUGUCUGACCAGGCCCUGGGGACCACAGACCAGGCCUGUUCUCUCCCAGAUACAGCGGGUGUUCAGCCUUGCCCCAGCAGGAGAGAACACACCUUCCACACCUGUCUCUGUGGCCUGCUGGGACCUGCUGAGAAAGGAGGGGGAGAUCCCUCAGUUCCCUCUACCAAGCAGACACAUGAUGUUCAGCUGCCUGCCCACCACAGACCCGGACCUGUAGCUGGGUCUGAGUCCUGGAGCCUCCCGGCCCCCAUCAGACCUGACUUCCCCAGGCAGAGUGUGGCCGUCCCUGGGGAGAUCUGCAGUAGCAGUGGUCUGAGCACCAGAGCGUUGGUGAUGACGUACCAGGAACACCUGGGCGUCACCUACGUGACGCUGAACGAGGACCCCUGUCCUCACAUGGUCAUCCACAACCAGACCCCUCUGUCUAUGCUGCUCAGGGAGAACGUCAAGGAACCCCCCAGGACAGAGGUGUACUGCCGCCCCCUCCCUGCCAACUCCUCCCUCCACCAUGGCCUCUACCACCACUUCUCCAGCUUCCCUGCCUGCAGACAGAGAGAGCCUCUACCCACCGUGCUGCUGAAGACCAGUCCUGACCCCAACAGUCUCCAGCCCAGCGACCUGCAGGCGUCUCCGGAGUGGAGCGACCCCGUGGACAUCAACUGCCCCGGCACACAGGUGGUUUUCCUACCAGGGUUUGGCUGUCUCUACAUAGAUGUCAUCCAUCAGGGUGGUACAGUCAUCCUCACCCUGGCACCAGAGGGCAGCGUGGACUCUGUCAUGAGCCUGCACAACAGGACGUCCAAUCGGAAGCUGGCGUUCAGGGUGUUGCUGAGCGAGGCCAGUGUGUCGCUGAGUGAUGACAUCACCAGUCGUUCGGGUUCCGUGGAGCUCUUGAGGCUGACUCUGUCCAAACUGCUACUGAACCUGUGUCCUGCCCGUCUGGGUGACUCUGGCAUGGGGCUGGUCACCGCCGGGAUGGGAGAGGCCUGUCUGGUCGAAGUCCACUGUGCCAGCCUGCAGGUGGAUAACCAGCUGUAUAACCGUGCCAGCUUCCACUUCCCAGUGUUGUUGUGCCAGGAGCAGUGUGUGGAGCUCCCCCUCUGGACCAGCGAUGCCAACCCCACCACCUCACUACAGGCCCUGGAGGAGUUUAAGGCAUCGUGCUUCCUCCAGCUGGGACUCACCUUGGACAGGGAGGGCUACAGUGUGGACCAGCUGACCUUCCACAUCAAACCAGCCCGUCUCUACCUAGAGGACACCUUCGUCUACUACAUCAAGACUCUGUUUCACACCUACAUCCCAGACUCAGCCCUGGCCCCAUCCCCGGGCCCUAACCCCUCGGAGCGCUACGGGGGUCCCCUGCUCCCGGAGACCGUCGUUCGGUCCAUCCCAGCCCUGGUGCGCCCUCUGAGGCUGCAGCGCCUGGUCAUUCAGCCAGUUGACCUGUUGGUCAGCAUCCACGCCUCUCUGAAGCUCUACAUCGCCUCGGAUCACACGCCGUUGUCGUUCUCCCUGUUCGACCGAGGACCGCUCUGUACUACAGCCAGACAGCUGAUCCACGCACUCACCAUGCACUACGCUGCCGGGGCACUGUUCAGAGCUGGCUGGGUGGUGGGGUCUCUGGAUCUCCUUGGUAGUCCUGCCAGUCUGGUAAGGUCCAUCGGUAACGGAGUAUCAGACUUCUUCCGUCUGCCAUACGAGGGUUUGACCCGGGGCCCCGGGGCCUUCGUCAGCGGAGUGUCACGAGGAACCACCUCAUUCGUCAAACACAUCUCUAAAGGCACGCUGACGUCCAUCACCAACCUGGCGACCAGCCUGGCCAGGAACAUGGACCGGCUGUCCCUGGACGAGGAGCACUAUACCAGACAGGAGGAGUGGAGGAGGCAGCUACCUGAGAGCCUGGGGGACGGACUCAGACAGGGCCUGUCUAGACUGGGCAUCAGUCUACUGGGAGCGAUAGCUGGCAUCGUGGACCAGCCCAUGCAGAACUUCCAGCGGGGUUCAGAGAUGCAGAGUUCAGCAGGCAGCAAGGCCAAAGGGGUCAUCUCUGGAGUGGGGAAAGGCAUCGUGGGGGUCUUUACCAAACCUAUAGGGGGCGCUGCAGAGCUGGUCUCGAAGACGGGAUACGGUAUCCUUCAUGGAGCUGGUCUCUGGCAGCUCCCCAAACAGCUGUACCUUCCAGCAGACCAGAAGUCAGCCCUCGCGCCCAACAGUCACGUCAAAUACGUCUGGAAGAUGCUCCAGUCCCUGGGUCGUCCAGAGGUUCACAUGUCCCUGGAGGUGGUGAUCGUGUCCGGGUCGGGUCAGGAGCAUGCUGGGUGUCUGCUGCUGACAGGGGAGGUGGUGUUUGUGGUCAGUCUGUCUGAAGACACACAGCAGCAGGCCUUCCCCAUCACCGAGGUGGCCUGUCAACAAGACCCCCACCACCUGGGGGCGCUGACCCUCACGCUGCAGCAGCAGAGACUCACCAACGAUGUAGAGGGUGACAGUGGGAGGGAGUGGUUGUCAGAGCAGCAGUAUGGUCGCCUGGUGGACUAUGUGACUCGUGCGUCUGCGUUCCUCUCCCCGUCGGCCUCGUCCCUCCAGCAGGCUCCUCCCAUCACCCCGGCCGAGCCUCCGCCCGCCGUCACCAAGACCUACCGUUACCUGGUCAGCCCCGCCCACGCCGCCGUGUUCGUCUCCAAGUUCACCAUGGUCAAGAACAAGGCGCUGCGCAUCGGCUUCCACUGACACACACCUUUACAGAGACACACCUGUACACACACACACCUUUACAGAGACCCUGACCCACACACACACCUUUACAGAGACACACCUGUACACACACACACACACACCUUUACAGAGACCCUGACACACACACCUUUACAGAGACACACCUGUACACACACACACCUUUACAGAGACACACCUAUACACACACCUUUACAGAGACCCUGACCCACACACACCUUUACAGAGACCCUGACACACACACCUUUACAGAGACACACCUGUACACACACCUUUACAGAGACCCUGACACACACUCGUACAGACACACACACACACACACCUGUUGUACUCUCUCUUUAGGUUGUUCAUCCACAAACUGCCUUUAAGGUUUAAUGUCCUCUGUGCAAUAAGAACCAGUUCCCCCUCUCACAGAACAAGGGAAGAGGGUUUAAACUUUGAUUUACUCUUAAACAUUUCAACAAAACACCUGUGGCAAUGAACACUAAUGUUGAGGAGACUGGAGGGGCUACAGUACGUUCCAAAUGCCACCCUAUUCCCUAUAUAUAGUGCACUACUAUAGACCAGGACCCACCCUAAUCCCUACAUAGUGCACUACUAUAGACAAAGAACCAAUGCCACCCUAAUCCCUAUAUAGUGCACUACUAUAGACCAGGACCCACCCUAAUCCCUAUAUAUAGUGCACUACUAUAGCCCAGGAACCAAUGCCACCCUAUUCCCUAUAUAUAGUGCACUACUAUAGACCAGGACCCACCCUAAUCCCUAUAUAGUGCACUACUAUAGACUAGGACCCACCCUAAUCCCUACAUAGUGCACUACUAUAGCCCAGGCCCCAUAGGCCCCUGUGUUGGGAAUAGGUUGCCAUUAGGUCGUUUCACUCGUUGUCAUAUUGUCCUUAACCGAGUGUCUCCGAGCUCUUUAUUCCUGAGUAACUGAGCUGUUUAAAGCUCUUAAUGCUGAGAGCCUCCCUGACCGGGUCACGGUGUCGGUGGCGAACAUGUCAGACGAGUCAGACGAACGCUCAGGAAUAAAGAAAUGGUUCAUAUCCUGUCCACCAAAAUAUGGUUGUGGGAUUUGUUGCUUUUCAAUGUUUUUUUGUUUUGUAGAGGACGUAACACGCUACGAUGAGAUGUUUCAACAUCAAAUCGUUUAGUUCUGUGUAUUUUAAGUCCAAGAUCAUUACCUUGUUAUAAAUUCUGUUAAAACACAGCUUUAUGGAAUAUAAAAACAGUUUUUGUACUCUAAUGCUUUUGAUGAUGGUCUGGAUCACGUGUCCCAACCCCAUUCCACGGAGGGCCGAGUGUCUAAGGGGUCUCUCCCCUCCUCCCCUUUGUACUUGAUUGAUGAACCCACCCUCACCUGAAAGGAAGAACCCACCCUCACCUGGUUGUCUAGGUCUCACCUGAAAGGAAGAACCCACCCUCACCUGGUUGUCUAGGUCUCACCUGAAAGGAAGAACCCACCCUCACCUGGUUGUCUAGGUCUCACCUGAAAGGAAGAACCCAAACCCUGCAGACGCCAGACCCUCCGUGGAACGAGUUGGACCCCUACCUGGAUAAUAUAUUGUAUUAAUGACAUUCUAAUAAAAAUAUUGAAGUUGUGA